AUGAAGCUUGGCGAGUACAUGCAACGCCAUAUUUUCGACGUCGUGUCUGCCAAUGACGCUACUUUCCAUCCCGACCAGCGAGAAGAGACGCGAGCUCGAAAGGCUAAAGUCUGGGAGCGAGUGGGUGAGAGGUUGCAGGAACAAAAGCAGCCUUACUGGCCGGACAGGGUUGAGGCAGAUUUUGGAGGGGGCGGUCUAUUCGCAACUGUGGACGACUUGCUCAAAAUAUACCAAGGUGUCCUGACAGGGGAGUUGCUCCGGCCCGAGUCUGUCAAGGAGAUGUUCCAGCCUCAGCUCAAGACACCCAAGGGCCUCGACGAUCCAGCCGAGUACUCGUUGCCGUCCCGUAACGCUAUCUGGAAUACUGUCCCAGACGAUGUCCCUGUCAGCUUUGGGAUUGGAGGCUUGAUCAACCUCACUGCAGUACCGAAACGACGCGGGCUGAACUCACUCACCUGGUCGGGCAUGCCGAAUUGCUACUGGUGGAUCGACCCCAGCAACGGUGUCGCCGGAGUGUAUCUCUCUCAGCUUGUACCAACCGGAGAUGAGAAGGCUAUCGAGCUCUUGACCGAGUUUGAGAAAUUUGUGUACUCGAGUUUGGAUAAAUCUUGA